AUGGCCACGCUCUCAGAUGAUACGCUGAGAAAGAUCCUACUGCAAAUUCAGCAGACAGCUAUCCAGUCCCAACGCGCGCUGAAUGUCUCUAAGCAGCAGAUCGCUGCAAAGGAGCGCGAGCGCAGGAUACUGCAGCUCACCAUCGAGGAGAUCACCGGCCUGCAGGGAGAUGUCAACCUGUACAAGGGCGUGGGCAAGAUGUUUAUGAUGGUCCCCCGUCCCGCAAUGGAGGGCGAUCUGAAGAACGAGGAAAAAGAGCUCACGGAGGAUAUCAAGAAUCUCGAGAAGAAGUCGAAGUACCUGGAGAAACAAUUCAACGAUGCCCAAGCUCAGCUCCGCGAUAUUUUCCAUAAUGCUCCGAAAGAAUCAUAG